AUAUAUAGCCGUAGACUUUUAUUCGUAAUACGGUCAACUAAUGUGCCAAAUCAAAAUUGUACUAUCAUCGAUCCAAAAUGCUUUCUUCUCUAAAUCCAUCCUCUAACGCUAAUCAACCCUCAGUUUUCAUUAAGGUUUCCUCAUUUUAAAAUUUGUUUAAAAAUGCUUCCCUUUAUUCUUCUUACACUAAUUCUUCCCUUUACUUCAUCUGCUAUGAUGAGUAAUACUGAUUACUUGAUCGCCUGCGGUAUCUCCAAGUCCACAACCUCACAAGACGGCAGAACGUGGCAGAGCGAUAACGAUCCGGUGUUUGCUCCGGUAAACAUUAGCCAAACAUCCUCCUCUGUUGAUGUCAUUGGAGGAUAUGAUGCUCCUUACACAAGUGCCCGGAUUUUUAAUACCCAUCUUACCUACUCAUUCCCGGUCACCCCGGGUCCCAAAUUUCUCCGCCUUUAUUUCACCACCGCAACUCCUUAUAAGUACAACACCACCACCACCAUCCCCGCCUCUGGGUUCUUCUUAACCGUCGAAGCCAACGGAAAAACUCUCUUACACAAUUUCAGCGCUUUCCAAAACUACUCCAAUGACUCGAACAUGUUCUACGAAUACCAUCUUACCAUACAAAAAGGACAACCUCUCAACUUGGCCCUCUCAACCACCUCAUAUGGUUUCAUAAACGGUAUCCAGAUCACCUCUGUACCAGAGGGCCUUUAUUUAAAUUCCACCCGAAACCCACCUUUGUUUUAUGUGUCGUCGGGUAACGUCUACCCCUUCCAACAAGAAGUGGCAGCGUUACAGAUAGUUUAUCGGAUUAACGUCGGAGGGUCUUCCAUUGAUCCGGUAAACGACUCUGGAACACUUGGCCGUACCUGGAAACUGGACGAUAAUUGCGUUGUCGGAAACUUCACUGGUAUUACAGGAUAUCCACCGUCCGUGCGUGAGCCGUUUGCAACUGCGGUGAAAUACUCUCCAAAUGUGCCAUCCUACGUGGCACCAAGGCAAGUGUACGGGACAUUGAGGAUGAUUGGACUGAAAUACCCUCAGAGCCUAACCAAGAACUUGACUUGGCGAUUUGACGUCGAUCCCGGGUUUGAUUAUAUGGUUAGACUUCAUUUCUGUGAGAUGGAUAGAAGGGUGACCAAAUCUCAUGUAAGAGUGUUUGAUGUUUACAUAAAUAAUGAAACCGCUGAUACCGUUGAUGUUUGGGAAAUGAGUGGUGGAAGUAAUAUUGCAAUGUUCCGAGAUUACGUUGUUAGCAUGAUGUACGGUCUAAGUCAAAAUGGCAUCAAAGUUCCUAUCUGGCUUGCUCUCCAUCCGAAGAAGAAUUCUGAUACCCGUUUGAUUGAUGCGUUUCUAAAUGGAGUGGAAAUUUUGAAGUUGAAUCAAUCAAAUGGAAGUCUUGCUGCUACUAACCCGCCCUUAUCAAUGGCUCUUAGCCCUCCUUCGGUCCAUACCCCAAGCUCGAAACACCUUCAUACCCUCCCAAUUAUCUUAGGCACAACUGGGUUGGCUUCCCUCUUCUUCAUUGUUUGUCUAAUUGUCUAUAAAUGGAGGGCGAACAAGAUACUUAUUAGAAAGGAAAACAUGGACACAAACACAGGAAGCAAGGAUAAAUGGGCCCCUAUCUCAUUUGAUUUAGGGAACGCGACAACUAACACCAUGAGUUCAUCCUUGCCGUCUGAUCUUUGUCGCCAUUUCACGUUCAUCCAAAUUAGGGUUGCCACCCGUGAUUUCGACGAGAACUUGGUCAUAGGCAGGGGUGGCUUCGGAAAGGUCUACAAGGGUUCUAUAGAUGGUGGAGCUACCAAAGUGGCUAUCAAACGACUUAACUCUACAUCUAAACAAGGGGUUCGAGAGUUUCAAACUGAGAUCGAGAUGCUCUCAAGACUACGCCACGUACAUUUGGUGUCCUUGAUAGGGUAUUGUGAGGACGAGGGUGAAAUGAUCCUAGUUUACGAGUACAUGCCACGUGGCACUCUUCGAGACCAUUUGUUCUACAAAGCUCCAGAUAAAAUUGACAACACUAACAACAAUCCACUAUCAUGGAAGCAACGCCUUAUGAUUUGUGUAGGAUCAGCUCGCGGCCUACACUAUCUUCACGCGGGUGCAAAACAACUUAUCAUCCACCGCGAUGUCAAGUCUACCAACAUCCUCCUUGAUGACAAGUGGAUGGCCAAAGUCUCUGACUUUGGCCUCUCCAAGGUCGGACCUGACCAAACUGAGGCCGGUGCUACUUAUGUUAGCACCGCAGUCAAAGGGAGUGCAGGGUACUUAGAUCCUGAAUACUUUCAACGUCACCAAUUGACGGAGAAAUCCGAUGUGUACUCCUUUGGAGUAGUCUUGUUCGAAGUUUUAUGUGCUCGAGCUGCAGUGAACCCAAACCUUCCUAAAGAACAAGCAAAUUUAGCAAUAUGGGCACAAAGUCACUACAAAAAAGGAACCCUUCAUACUAUUGUAGACCCGAACCUUACGGGGCAGAUUGCACCCGAGAGUCUAAGGAAGUUCGGUGAGAUAGCUACCAUGUGUGUUCGUGAUCGGGGGAUCGAGCGUCCCUCGAUGGGAGACAUAGUGUGGGGGUUAGAGUUUGCGUUACAACUUCAAGAAACUGCCGAGGAUAACAAAAUUGCAAAUGGUACACCAAAUGAAAGUUUCGAUCUAAGUAGUAGUUAUCUAAAUGCUAUCGAUGUUGGUUUUACAGAUAAUGAUAUAUCGACAAACUCAGGAAAUAACUUUUCUCAAAGUAGUGUUGUCGAAGGUACUUCAAAGAAGUUUAUGGCCAGUAACAGUAAAUCUACGACAAGUUCAUCUUCCGAUUAUCUUGCUCAUUCCAAACCUGGUUCAGUCUUUUCUGAGAUCACUCAUCCAACUGCAAGAUGAAUCUGUUCCUUAGCUUCUUUUUUUACAAGAAAUUAUUUACUUCGUAUAUCACUGUAUUAUAAACAACUUUCAUGUAAUUUUUAAUUUUUGUUGUUUAGCCUUCAUUUUUUUAUACUUGUAAGAUAUACUGAAAUACAACAUCAUUAUAAAUCA